UGAAUGUCCUGCAACAGAAAAACAUCUGGAUUCUGCUCCACUUGUGUUUGUCUGCUUCACCUCGGUUCAGCACUCUCUGCUCUUUAAAAACAGAAAUGAAGAGCACAGCUUUCAUUGUGCUGCUCAUCUGGAGCUGUGCUGUGUGUCCCAGCAAACCAUCACCAUCAGACAGAAACAGCUCAGAGGGUUCUUGUGAAGGACAGCCGCUGGACCUGGUGUUUGUGAUCGACAGCUCUCGCAGUGUCCGUCCUGAAGACUAUGAGCAGGUGAAGAACUUCAUCAAGGAGCUGCUGCUGUUCUUGAACGUGGGCCACAAUCAGACACGCGUGGGACUGGUGCAGUUUGGCAGCGUGGUGCAGAACGAGUUUUUCUUGAACAGCUACUUUGAGAAGCAGCAGAUGUUGAGCGCUGUGGAGCGCAUGGAGCACCUGGCAUCAGGAACUAUGACAGGUUUAGCGCUGCAGUUCACACGUGAGGUGGCGUUCUCUCUGGCGCAUGGCGCACGACCCGUCCACAUGCACGUGCCCCGCGUUGCUGUGGUGGUAACCGACGGCCGGCCACAGGACUUGGUGCAAGGAGAUGCGGAUCGAGCGCGGCGGGCCGGGAUAGAGAUCUUCGCGGUGGGAGUAGGUCGAGUGGACCUGGCAACCCUGCAGGCCAUUGGCAGCGAGCCCUAUGCAGAACACGUGCAUCUGGUGGCCAGUUUCAGCCAGAUUGACAAACUGCUUUCUGUGUUCCACUCAAAGCUGUGUGCAGCUCAGUCAGGAUCUGAUCCGUGUGUAUCAGGAAUCCAUGAGUGUGAGCAUGAGUGUGUGAACACAGACAACUCAUUCAAGUGCCGGUGCAGAAAAGGUUUCACACUCGCUCCAGACGGCAAAACAUGUGGUCUGGACUGUGUACAUGGAUCUGUGGAUGUCAUGUUUGUCAUUAGUGGCUCCAGACAUCUGGGCGUUACCGGGUUUGAUCUCCUGAAGCGGUUUGUGAGCAGAAUGGUGAGCGCUCUGCCGGCCGGAUCUCGGGUCGGACUACUCCAGUACUCCUCUAAAGUCCGCAGCGAGUUCACUUUGGGACAGUACCGCAGCGCUAGCGAGCUCCAGGAGGCUAUCGCAGCCCUGAGUUAUAUGGGCCGGGAAUCCAUGAUCGGACCCGCCCUGCAAUACCUGAUCCAGAACAGCUUCAAGAACAGCAGCAGAACAUCGCAGAGGGUCGCCGUAGUGUUUACAGACGGACGCUCUCAGCACAAUGUGCACAAAUGGUCCAGCAAGGUCAAAGCUGAUGGUAUUACUGUAUAUGCAGUAGGUGUUGGAGAGACUGCAGAAGAAGAACUGAAAUUUAUAGCGUCAGAGCCGCAGCAGAAACAUGUGUACUACGCAGAAGACUUCAGUCAAAUGGAGAAGAUCACAGACAAACUGAAGACUCAGAUUCUCAGCUGUAAAGAUCAGCCGUCACAUCAGUGUAAAUGUGGGAAGAUGAUGCUGUUCCACAACAAGACCACUGAAGCACUGUUGAGGAUUUCACAGAAGUUAGACACCAUGAUGAAGAGGAUUGAACAGCUGGAGAAUAAACUGGUGUGAGAUCAGAGAUGGAGCGAAAACAUCAAGAUCUUCAUGACACUUAUGCCAAGUUAUUGUACUGUAUAACUGUACACAUUUAAACAAAAAAAAGUCCAUUAAAAAUCCUCGUAGCAUGA